ACGAGCGUUCGUUGUGUUUGAGAAAGGUUGGGUCUGCCGGUGCCUCGCCUCUUGCCGCUCACUCGGACUCGGCUCCGCUCGGCUCACUCCCGCGCUAGCCUCCGCCCGGCUCGGCUGUAACGUCCCGAUCGCUCCCGGCCCGCGUGUCCGCUCGCGAGCCCCCGCCGCCCCCGCCGCGCCCCCCGGCCUCCGCGACAGUGUUGUUGUUGUUGACGACGACGUCGUCUGCUCGGUCAUGUGAUAGCGCGUCGACACGGAUUUCAGUGCCAGUGCCGCCCCCGCAGGGUGCACCUGUGUUGUUGUUUUUAAUUGUGUUAGUUUUGUUUUUAUCAUCUGAGUGCAAGUGCAGUGACAAGGCGCCUGACUGGCCCAGCCCGUUUGGAUAGUGCGCUGGCUGGUCGUUGUGGAGUGCAGUGAAAGUGUGGUGAUUUUCGUUUCUACUUAUUAAAUUAAAUGAAAGUGGGGUGACAAGGAUUUCAUCAUGAGUGCUGACUAUACAAGAAAUGUGUCGAGCAGUUCCUCCAACAACAUGCAUCACGUGAGCAGCAGUUCCAAUAAGGGUGGACGCCCAGUGUCCAUCCUCCCCAACAUGUCGAUACAAAACAUGUCCAACUGGGGGCUCAUGAACAUGGCCAAUAUGGCCAACAUGUCAAACAUGACCAAUAUGUCAUACCCUAUGAUGCGUCCCAGUGUCAUGGUGAAGCAACGCAAGACAAAUUUCACUCAACGAGAAGUGGAUGCUUUGAUCAACUCAGUUCGCCAGCACCAGGACACGGUACUUUUUGGUGUGGCUGGUGGGCCAGGAUGGGCUAAGGCCUGGACUCAAGUGGCCGCUGCAGUUUCAGCUGUGGAAGGCAUUGUGCGCAGUGAGGGUGAUGUGCGUAAAAAGUGGACUUACCUCAAGUGGGAGGCCAAGAACACAAGCAAGCCGGACAGGGACUCUACAUCUCGUGCAGUGCUACAGAUACUAACGAGUCGUCAAAAUCAAAUUGAUGCUGCAAACCAACACGUCUUGGGUGGCAGAGGCGGGAGGAGGGAUGAUAUUAUGAAUGACUUGAGGAAUGACAUGCGUGUCAGUGAAGCCCUUCGUGGAGAAGCUCUUCGAGAAGCAGUCCAGCAGUCAUCUCGCAGCCUCCUGGAGGAAUUACUAGGUGAGUCCAGUGCCUCGCAGAUGCCGGCACCAAAUGUGAGUGCGAUCUCGUUGGUGGUAAUGUAUACAGUCUUUUAAAAUGUUGAAAAAUUAAAACAUGUGGAAGCUUGCCUCUUUUGUAAAGUUCUUGGAUCAAGUUCACUGUGCUAGUACAGAAGAGGCCUGUGUUCAAAUUUAGUGUGAUUAAUCUAAAAACUCAGUUUUGGGGGGGUUCCGCUGUGCUUCGUUGCACGUGAAAACUCGUGACGUGGACGUAUAAAAUGACAUUGCUAAAUCUCGAGAGAUCGCGGAGUGCUGGGCGAUGGCGAUAUUUUGCGCCGCCUGUACUCGCGGUACGUAGUAGACGCGUAGUGGUGGCGUGGCGUGGGCGCCCAGGGCUGGGAGUGUUUGUGAAUGGAGCCCGGCCUGUCUGCCCGGCCGCCUGUCCGUCUGUCCGCCGAGGCGCCUGCAGGUGCGCUCGCGGGCGCGCGCUGUCCUUGAGAGCGCUGGGAGGAAGGGGCACUGGCCACCGCGGGCUUCGAUCAAAACAAGUGCCUCGCGGAUGAGCCGAUACUUCGGGACUUGUCUUUUAUGUACAAU